GUGGGGGACCGAUUCUCUCCUCGCUCGGCGGCCUUCCCGAUCGCCAGAGGCAACCCUAGCUCGUUCCUCUGUUCUGCUGGGGGUUGGACGGCUUCGAGAGGGGGUGUUCUUCAUCGGCUCUCCCUUCCGGCAGUGACCACAAUGUCAACUCCUGCAAGGAAGAGGCUGAUGAGGGAUUUUAAGAGGUUGCAACAGGACCCACCGGCAGGCAUUAGUGGUGCACCCCAAGAUAACAACAUUAUGCUUUGGAAUGCUGUGAUAUUCGGUCCUGAUGAUACUCCAUGGGAUGGAGGUACGUUCAAGUUGACUCUGCAGUUUACAGAGGAUUAUCCAAAUAAACCUCCGACAGUGCGUUUUGUUUCUCGAAUGUUUCAUCCAAACAUUUAUGCCGAUGGAAGUAUCUGUUUGGAUAUAUUGCAAAACCAGUGGAGUCCGAUAUAUGAUGUUGCAGCAAUACUCACAUCUAUACAGUCUUUGCUGUGCGAUCCCAAUCCAAACUCUCCUGCAAACUCAGAAGCCGCUCGAAUGUUCAGUGAGAACAAGCGUGAAUACAACCGGAGAGUAAGGGAGGUUGUGGAGCAGAGCUGGACUGCUGAUUAAGUCCCAUCCGGGGGACCAGUAGAGUAGGUCAAGUUUGGGGGUUUCAUUUGCCGAUUGUAAUCCACAAUCCAAACAAGGGGUGUGUAUCUUGUAUCCUGUAGUAAAAUGCAACGCUUGAAUGCUUGUUAUGUUAUUGUUUGAAAUCCAUUUAUGGUGUUAUCGUCGUCUUCCCAAGCUCGGGCGGACUUUUAACUUUGUAAAAGGUAGAGUUGAACUGUCAACAAACAAUUGGUGUAAAAGUCAAUGUAAUAUCGGCUUGUUUGGUUGCA